CGCCCUCCAGGCCCUCCGCGCCCUCCGCGCCCUCCGCCUUCACCCCGACCCCCGCCUUAGCCUCACCUCCAGGCCCUGACCUCUGGCCCUUAGCUUGACCUCCAGGCCCUCAGCCUUGACCCCAGGCCCCCCACCUUAGCGUGACCUCCAGACCUUGACCCCUGGCCCUUACCUUAGCCUGACCUCCAGGCCCUCAGCCCUAGGCUCCUACCCUAGUGUGGCCUCCAGGCCCCCAGCCUCGACCCCAGACCCCCCGGCCCUUACCUAAGUGUGGCCUCCAGGCCCUCAGCCUUGACCUCGGGACCUCCUGCUCCUACCUUAGCCCGUCUUCCAGGACCCCGAACCCUACCCCAGCCCGGCCUCCAGGCCCCCCGGGACCGGCUCCCGGGUCCCCAGCCCGGCCUCCGGGCCCUCAGCCUUGACCCCAGGCCCCCCGGCCCCAAGUCUCUACCCUAGGUUGGCCUCCAGGCCCUCGGCCUUGACCCGGGCUCCUACCUUAGCCCGGCCUCCAGCCCUCAGCCUUGACCCCAGACCCCCCGGCCACUAGUCCCUACCCUAGCUUGGCCUCCAGGCCCUCAGCCUUGACCCCGGAGCCCCAACCCCUAUCCUAGUCUGCCUCCGGGCCCCCCGGGACCCGUGCCCCGGUCCGCAGCCCGGCCUCCAGGCCCCAGUGCAUCCCCCAGCCUGUCAACCAGGCCCUCCAGCCCGAACCUUCGGGCCCCAGUCCAGCCUCUAGGCUCCACCAGCUCAUAUGCUAGUUUGGACCCUCGCCUGGACCCCAGAUCCCCCAGCCUGGAACCCAGACCCUCCCUCUUGCCCCCAGCCGUUCCUCCAGGUCCUCGGGCCACACCUUAGCCCCACCCGCAGACCCCCAGCCCAAACGCUAGCCCGACCUCCAGGCCCCGCAGCCGGCGGACCCCCGUGUGCCCAGAGCAGAAGGGGAGACCGACGGCGCCCGUGGCAGCUUCCUGGUUGUGAAGCGAAAGGAGGAGAGCAGCCUGUGAGCCUCACUGGCGGCAGGUGCUCUGAAGGAGGACUCGUAGAUCUCACACUUCCUGAGGAGGAGAGGAGGAGGAGGAGGAGGAGGAGGCAGCGGUGGUGGCCAGAACAGAGCCCGCGAGGUCCUUCGCAAGGCCCCCGACCCCGGCGGCUCCGACCCCGGGGGAGAGAUGACGGCGUCCUGGAAACGGAUCAUCGGCGUGGCCGCCCUGCAGGCCGGCCUCCCUGGGGCAGGAGCCCAGAGCUUGGGCCUGACGGACCCGCGGCUGUGCUACAUGCUGGAUGGGAUCCUCUUCCUCUACGGAGUCAUCAUCACCGCCCUCUUCCUAAAGGCCAAGUUUGGCAGGAGCGCCGGGGUCCCCUCCCAACAGGGCCACAACCAGAUCUAUAACGAACUCGCCCCGAACCGUCGAGACGAGUACGACAUUCUGGACAAGAGACGGGGCCGAGACCCGGAGAUGGGGGGGAAACAGAGGAGGAAGAACCCCGAAGCCGUGUACAAUGCCCUGCAGAAGGACAAGAUGGCAGAAGCGUACAGCGAGAUCGGGGUGAAAGGGGAGAACCAACGGAGACGAGGCAAAGGCGGCAACGACGUUCUGUACCAGGGUCUGAGCACGGCCACCAAGGACACCUACGACGCCCUCCACAUGCAGCCCCUCCCGCCUCGCUAACGGGCAGCUCCUACCCCCGCCGCCGGCCAGACCGCCCCGGAGAGGAGCGGCGCCCGGCCGGGGCGCCCCGCUCCCCUCCUCCGGCCUCUCCGCGGCGGUGGGGGCCCGGACCGGGGCGGCAGAGCCCGUCCUCUUCUCCCGCCACAGGUAGCUUCUUCCUGCUUGGAUGCUCCCGGGGGGGCCCGGCUCCUGACCCUCUCCACCUCCCCCCCCCGCGCCCCUUCCCCCCUCCCCGGGGCCGGGGCCUCUCCCCUCACCGGUCGUCGGCCCGGGGCGAGACGGGGACCACGGCGAUGCGGCGGCCGGCAGCCCGCCCGCCCCCGCCUCCUGUUAUUUAUACCGUCGGCCGGCCGCAAAUGGGUUUCGUUCCACCCGCUUUUAAUAAAAGACAGUUGUACUUUAAAAAAAAA